AUGGCCGCAGCGGGGGGGGGACACCUGCGGGUGCUCGUCUGGCUGCGGGAGAACGGGUGCGACUGGGACGAGUAUACCUGCCGCAAGGCCGCUUCGGGAGGACACCUAGAGGUCAUCCAGUGGGCGAGGGCGAACGGCUGCGCGUGGAGCGAGGCCACGUGUAGCAGGGCGGCGCGGGGAGGACACCUCAACGUUUUGGAGUGGGCGAGAGAACACGGAUGCCCCUGGGAUGCAUUGACGUGCAUGGCUGCCGGCGAAGGCGGCCACCUUGACGUCCUGCAGUGGGCGAGAAAGCAGGACUGCCCGUGGGACGCGCGCGUCUGCCGAGCCGCGGCACAGGGCGGGCACCUCCACGUCCUAAAGUGGGCCCGAGAGAAGGGCUGCGCCUGGGACAAGCAGGCCUGCGCGGGGGCCGCCCGGUGGGGCCACCUGGGCGUCUUGAGGUGGCUGAGGUCGCAGGACUGCCCGUGGGACGAGGAUACCUGCACGGCGGCUGCGGAGGGGGGGCGUUUGGGGGUGCUGAAGUGGGCGCGGGCGCACGGGUGCCCCUGGGAUGAGAACACGGCUCGGACGGCCGCCAUGUGCAGGAGGAGACGGGUGCUCGCGUGGUCCCGGGCGAAUGGCUGCCCGGAGUAA